AUUUUCAGGGAAGGGCAAAUGGGAAUUUAUUCCAUUAGCUUCCAUCACAAGUUUUACAGUUUCACACAUUUCUCAUUUGCUCUAUCUCACGCUCACUAUCACUGCAAACAAGUUUACUGAUCACCCCACCAAACUUCUGCACAAUUUCUCCACCAUUGCCGCUCCUUCCACUUCUUCGCAAUGCGCAAUCUUCUUCCUUGCCUCUAUUAUUUUCUUACUGUUCUCUAGGUUCUAUCAUCUUCUAGUUCUACGCCACGAUCAAGAAGCUACAAUUCAACAUAUUUCUCAGUGCUCUGUUUCACUUAUUUGUAUUCUGGGUAUUGAUGAUGGACUUGUUUGUUUGUGACAUUUGAAUGUUGGAUGUCAUUUAUUGAAGAUGGAGGGGGAUAAAGAUGCCUAUUACGUUGUACAGAAAGGGGAUGUUUUUGGAUUCUACAGGAGUUUGAAGGAGUUGAAGGCUCAAGCUGGACGCCUUAUAUUUGAUCCUAAUGCAACGAUCUACAAAGGGUAUCACCUAUCUAAAGAAGCAGAGCUGUAUCUUGCGUCACACGGACUUCAGAGUGCCACCUACUCUAUAAGUGCUGCCAAUGUGACAAAGGAUCUAUUUGGAAAACUACUUGCUUGCCCUUAUGAGCAACCAUUUGCUCCUAGAGGAAAAAUGGCUGAAGAAUACCCCAAAACUAAGAGACAAGAACAAGUCCCUGAGAAUCCUGAAUAUGCGUAUGUAGGUGCCAGGGUCUCAGCAGAAUCUCCAAAGCAAGAAAUUAUCUGGGAUCAUGGCUUUGAAGCCGUACCUGCUUCGAGCCAUGGGUUUGUAGGUGCCAAUUGGGUUUCAGCAGAUUCUCCAAAGCAAGAAACUAUUUUGGAUCAUGGCUUUGGAGCCAUACCUGCUUCUUUGAGCCAUCAACCAUCUGUUUCUAGAGGAAAAAUGGCUGAAGAUUACUCUGAGGCUGGGAGAUCACAGCAAGCUCAUGAGACUGUUCAAAUUACCUAUUUUCUUGAGUUUGAUGGUGCCUCAAAGGGAAAUCCUGGUCUAGCAGGUGCUGGAGCUGUUUUACGUGCUAAUGACGGAUCUACGGUCUGUAGGUUACAAGAAGGGGUUGGGGUUGCUACAAAUAAUGUUGCUGAAUAUCGUGCUGUAAUUUUAGGACUGAAACAUGCUCUAAAGAUUGGCAUUAAACACAUUUGUGUCCAAGGAGACUCCAAGCUUGUUUGUAUGCAGGUUCAGGGUCUGUGGAAGCUCAAAAACCAAAAUAUGGCUAAUUUGUGUAAAGUGGCGAAGGAGCUCAAGGAUAAGUUUGUGUCAUUUGAGAUCAGCCAUAUCCCUAGGGAACAAAAUUCCGAUGCCGAUGAUCUAGCCAACCGUGCUAUACAUCUCCGAGAUGGAGUUGUAGUAGAAGACUGCAAGCAUAAAUGAACUUAACAUUUUCAGACAGUAGGUAGGGAUAUUCUCUGCAUUAUGCUGCAAAGAGCUGCCCAGAUUGACAGCCUAUUUUGUAUCAUUUGAAUUUUAAAGAUACCUGAUUAACAUCCUUAUUUUUGGUUACUUUGUUAACUAGGAUGCAACUUUAGGACUGUUAAAUGUUAAUAUCAAAAGCUUGAUUAUUGGUAUGUUGAGAGUUGAGAAGAUUAAAUUGUAAAAUUGAAUGGUUGCACCAGUUUCUAUGGCCAAUGAAUUUAGCCAACA